CGGAAUGGAGGGAAUGGCUUGUAACUGACAGCGCCGCACGCAAACGCCAAAACACACAACACCACAUUACCAGAUUUGCCGACUUGCUCCAGUUGACAGAUGAUAGUGGGGGAAAUGGAAAUACGCCACAAUUUCGAAAAACAGAAAAAAAACCUUAUUUAUUUUCCAGUGUGUCUUCCAUUAUUGAAACAAGAUAUGAUUUUCAUCUGAAGUACAUAACAAAACUCGUCUUUCCCUCGUGAAAUGGUAUUGGAUUGGUGCUAUUAAAAUCGGCUGAAAUUCGCCAGGAUGAAAACCGAAAUUGAUCGUGUGGUGUUCUCAAAUCACAGAAUGUGUUUAUCAAGAUAAAAGUGCGUGUGAUUUGUAUGAUUCGGUAUUAUAAACAAGACGAGAAUCAGGGUCAAAUCUUUUCACUUCCUUCUCAAAAUGCAACAGGAGGGUACUCCAAAGUUCCUGAAAUUCCACCAGGGAAGAGUCAGAGGCGUUUCAUUCAGUCCACGGGACCGGUAUUUAUUUUGUUCGGGAGGUUACGAUGGCAAGGUUAACCUCUAUUCUGCUCUGCGCAUGGAAUUACUCAUGUACUAUCAGAUAACAACAAUGACCCAAGCGCAAAAUGUCAAUGCUGUCAGAUUCACUUCGGAUGGCUCGAGGGUUUUGGCUGCGACUAAUGCGAGGCGAUUAGUCGUGGUGGAUGUUGAGAGAGGUGAGCAACUUUUGGCUUAUGAUAAUUGCGCAUUCAGUGGUAAUGGAAACAGAACUGGUCUGGCGACAGAUCCUUCAGGGCCAAAUUUAGCCAUUUCUGUCACAGUAAAUGGGAAAGGUCUGACUCUUGUGGAUCUUCGAAUGCCCCUACCUUUGGAUUUUGUUUAUGAUUUGCAUGGAUCCGUUAUACGAGACAUCUGUUUCUUACCCUCAUCCUGGCCCUGGCAAAAUUCGAUUCUCACAGGAGGGUCUGAUGGAACUUGCAAAGUAUCUUCGCCCGAUGGUCGAGUCCUACAUGCCUUCCAAACUGGACACGCGGUGAAUACAGUUUGCGUGACUCCUGAACCAUUUUCUAGAAGCGCUGAAGAUGGAUUUUAUAGCUUAAUCAUGAGCGGCGGAGAUUUAAUCUCAGCUUACGUACCGGACACUGGAAUCCAGGAGCAUCUUAAAGAGCAGAAAGAAUCUCCAGUUUGGAAACUCAGGUACACUUCCAAUGGAAGUACACUUUACUCUGUCUGUGAUGGAGGAAUUCUCAGACGUUACAGAAGGUAUCCCGAUCAUCAUGAAUAUCUCGGGGAGGUUUAUCGACAUAAAGGAGACAUUCAGGACGUCGACGUUUCCCCUUACGAUGAAUAUAUUGUAACAGCCUCAAAGGAUCAAAGUGUCGGUGUUCUACUUCUCGGUCCACCGAAUCAUGGAUUUACCGAAUACACAGAACUCACAUGAUAGCGAUUCUCGCCAAAUCCGUCCUUCUCUUUUUUGGUGUAUCUGUAUUAGGUAAAGGAAAACCUGAUCAAAUAUGUCAAAUGUGGAAGAAGAGUGGCCAGGUCAGCGUAUAUCUACCCUACAAACUGUACAGUUCUAGACCUGUUCUAGAAGCAGCUCUAGAAUUAUUCUAGAAGUAGUUCUAGAACUUUUCUAGAAGAAGUUCUAGAAGGAAAUCUAGAACUUUUCUAGAAGCAGUUCUAGAAUUGUUCUAGAAGCAGUUUUACAACUUUGCUAGAAGAAGUCCUAGAUCUUUUCUAGAAGCACUUCUGGAAUUGUUCUAGAAGCAGUUCUAGAUUCAGUUCUAGAAUUGUUCUAGAAUUAUUCUAGAAGCAGUUCUAGAAUUUUUAUAGAAGCAGUUCUAGAAAACAGUUGAAACGGUUCUAGAACUAUUAUUUUUGAUGCGCCUGGCUUAUUUUGUACAAAGUCUAAAUUGUUGUUACUGAUGUUAUAAUUUUACGAGCAAUAUUUUAAAAAAAUUCUAUACCCGUACAAUAUUUACGAUAGGAAUGAUUGUUUCGACAUGACUUGUUUUCUCCACUGAUGAAACAUAAUACUUCAGAAUCUCCGAUUAAUUGGAAGCAAGGUGGAAAAUUUUGUUCAUUGAACUUAUAUAUUUUUAUAUCUAAGUUAUAUAUGAUUAUUGAAGUGAUUCUUUUCAAAAGAUGCUUACUUUUUGAAAGUUACUUUAUACUUUUGUUCAAAUUGUCCUUUAAUAAUUUCGUUUUUUUUCUUAUUUCUUAAGAGUGUUUCGAAAUCGUGUUUGCAAUCGAGCAUUUGAUAUUUAAAAUGUCGCCGCCAAAGAUGAUUGAGUUUGAAGAUUUUAUUUUGGUAUAUGUUAUCAAAAAAAUAAAGUUUGCAUCCAGAGAACUUUUAAAAGUGUGUAGCCAGAAUGAAUAACAAUAAAAAAAAUACUUUAAAGGUAAA